AUGGAUUAUAUCACAUUUCAUUGUGAUAAUUUGAAAUAUACUUCUACGAGAAAAUGGCUAUUCAGAAGGUGUCUUGUUAUUCUGAUCAUCACCUGCCUACUUACUCAGGAAGUUGAGGGAUGGAGGCGAAUUAGAAAAUUCUUUAGAAAAGCAGGAAGAUUUAUAGGGAGAAAAGUCAUACCAACAGUUAUAAAAGUAAAGGCGGUAGUCGAUACGGCAAAAAGCGCCCAUGAAAACAUCAAAGACACUUUUGAAAAGGGAAAAGAUCCAGGGGAGAGGAUAGAAAGUGCGGGAAAGGCAGUGAAAGAUGCUAAAGAAGUCAUAGACAUAAUUAAAUCUUUAAAGAAGCGUUCAACUAUUGAGGGGACGUCUCAGUUGAAUUUGUGCGAAUUUUCAACAUUUGACUGGAACCAAGACAAGCAAAUCACCGAAGAGGAGAUCGCAGUCUUGAUUGAGGCGACUGGACUGGUAGAAUUGGAUGAGCUCUUCGAAAAAAUGGAUCUUGAUAAAGAUGAUACAGUCACAAUGCAGGAAUUCCUUAACUCGCCUUUUAUCAAUGAACUCUGCCUGUAGAUGAUGAAUGGAUAAUCAUAUGUGACUGUUUUAUAAAAUAUUAAAAUUUAAACAAUUUUGAUGGAGGUACACAUAGAUACCUC